AGUGUAAUGUUGUCCUAUUGGACCAUAAGGACUGGACGAGACAGUAAGCUCUUUCCUCAUUGGGCGAUUCUGAAGCGGGGUAUUUGGAGUUCAAGAUAUGCCUCUCCUGAGUCUUGACCAUAUAUUUAAUAUCCUGACAGCUCAAGACCCGAUAUUAUAACCUCCGAAAACAUGUAAAGUACACCCUUCCUUCGCAGUGUCUUAUUUUGCAUCAAACAAUUAACGUUAUUCAACACUAUGUCUAGAUCAGACACAUCAAGGGUACUUGACAUUCUGAAGUCACUUUACCAGCAUGUGCAAACACUUGAUCAGUUUGCAGACACCAUCGUAUUUAGAGAAGGGCAGAAAGCAUCGCUCAUUGAAGGAUCCGACACAGCACGCUUCAAGUCAUUCGUCGGGGGUAUUUUUGUGUGCACUGAUCAACAGUUGCAACAACUGCCAAGCCGAAACGAGAUCUGCACACUCCCCGAGCUACUGGCUUUUGUUUUGAACACUGUGAAGAGGAAGAAGAAAAGAAAUGUGCUGGCGCACGGCUACGGGUUCCUCUCCCUGGCCCAAGAGGACCGUGACGCGGACCAGUUCAAGUUCCAAAGCGACGUCACUCAAAGUGCCGCUUACAUCCACGGCAGCGAUCUGUGGAAGAAAGUCUCCCACCGUCUCGGCACGGACAUGACCCGAUACCUGCUGGAGAGCUGCGCCGUGUUCGUGGCGGUGCCCCCCUCCUGCGUGUUCCAGGUGUGUGGCGUGCCCGUGUACGACCGGGUGUCGGUCAUGACCAGCCGCGCUGGCGUCUUCCUCCGGACCAAAUCCAGGGCUGAUCCGGGUAACCGUCAGCGGGAUCGCCGGCCCCCGGUGUGCCAGAUUAGGAAACGAGGGGCUGGUUAUAAAACCAGCAGGAAUAGGGGCAGGGCUAGGGAUGGUAAUCAAAGGAAGAGGAAAAGCGCUGGCCGGACGGAUGGUAUGGGUCGGGCCGCAAAGAGGACAAGAAUGGAUUGGGCGAAGCAGGCGAUACCGCAGAGUGGCGUUGAUGCAGGGGGUAAUGUUCUUCCUAGCUCAGUGGAAGCAUCCAAGAUGCCAGCAGAAGGGUGUAGUGCUGAUUCUAAAAGGCAGGUCAUAGUGUCGAAAACCUCUCUUCCUUUGGAAGGAGGGCCAAGUUGGAGAUCGGGAUUCUCUCCAACUCUCCCACCAUCCCACUGCUUCAUCCGAACCUUGGGAAUGCUGUACGGCGGGAAGGGGAUGCGUGGAUUCCUUCUGAACAGGAAGACGAAGAGCCGUACAGAGGUGAAGCAGAGGCUUCAGGGGCGGGACCUGGUCAGGAUUGUGUUCUUUGAGGGCGUGGCCUAUCUCAACGGAGUGGAGAAGAAGCCAAGGAAACUGCCCCGGCGCUUCUUCAACAUGGUGCCUCUGUUCGAUCGGCUGCUGCGGCAGCACAGGGGCUGCCCCUACGGCAGGGUCCUGCAGAGCGCAUGCCCCUUGCGCAUGGAGGAGCUGGGCGUGGAGGCACAGGGGGACCUGAGCUCCCUCCUGCCCCUCAUCUGUUCCCCCCAUCAGGUGUUCCUCUUCAUCAGACAGUGCCUCGCCACCGUGGUGCCCAUGGAGCUGUGGGGGUCCGAACACAACCGGGGUCGUUUCCUCCUCAGGGUCAGGGGCUUCCUGCGCAGCGGCAAGUUCGAGAGGCUCUCAUUGGCCGAGCUGCUGUGGAAGAUGAGGGUGAGCGAGUGUGAUUGGCUGAAGAUCAGCAAGACGGGUCACGUCCCCCCCAGCGAGCUGGCCUACCGGACACGCGUGAUUGGUCAAUUCUUGGCGUGGAUGCUGGACGGCUACGUGGUGGGCUUGGUCCGAGCGUGCUUCUACGUCACGGAGAGCAUGGGACAGAAGAACACGCUCCGCUUCUACAGACAGGAGGUGUGGGCCAAGCUGAGGGAGCUGGCCUUCAGAGGGCACGUCUCCAAGGGCCAGCUGGAAGAGCUGACACCCGCCCAGAUGGCCUCCCUGCCGAAAGCCACCGUGGUUUCCCGCCUUCGCUUCAUCCCCAAGGCGGACAGCAUGCGACCGAUCACGCGCGUCGUUAGAUCCGACGUCAAAUCCAGGGUUCACCAAUCAAACAUGCGUGAGCUGCUGGACGUGCUGGGGGCGUGUGUGCGCUCUGACCCCCCCUUGCUGGGCUUCACUGUGUGGGGGAUGACCGACAUUCACAAGAAGCUCCGCCCCCUGGCGUCCGCUCAGAAGGACCAGCCUCAACGCCUCUACUUUGUUAAGGUGGACGUGAGCGGGGCCUAUGAGAGCCUUCCUCAUGACAAACUCAUCGAGGUGAUUGGCCAGGCCCUGACACCGCUCCUGGAGGACACAUUCGUCAUCCGUCGCUACGCCAAGAUCUGGAGGGACGCCCAUGAAGGCCUGAAGAAGACGUUUACUCGACAGGCAGAUUUCAUGGAAGACAACAUUGGAUCCACAAACAUGAAAGGCUUUGUGAUGAACAUGCAGCGAGAGGGCAAGCUUCAUAACGCUAUACUGGUGGAGCAGCAUUUUUCCUCAGACCUGCAUGGCCGAGAUGCUCUUCAGUUUUUCACUCAAAUGCUUACUGGUGGAGUUGUGAAAUUUGGGAAAAAAACUUUCCGGCAGUGUAGAGGCAUCCCCCAGGGCUCGGUGGUGUCCAGUCUCAUGUGCUGCCUCUGCUACGGUCACAUGGAGAACAACUUAUUCAAAGAUAUUAACUUGAAUGGAGGGUGUCUGAUGAGGUUGGUAGAUGAUUUCCUCCUGAUAACCCCUGACCUGGGUCAAGCACAGACCUUCUUCAAGACUCUGUCAGACGGGGUUCAGGACUAUGGGUUGGUGGUAAACCCACAGAAGGUGGUGGUCAACUUCCAGGUAUCGGAGGAUCCGGGGGCGGGUCCAAACGUGCGCGUGCUGCCUGCUAGCUGCCUCUUCCCCUGGUGCGGACUGCUCCUGGACACGCACACCCUGGAUGUCUUUCAGGACUACUCCAGCUACGCGGGGCUCUCCCUGCGUUACAGCUUCACCCUGGGCUUCUCCCAGCGAGCGGGGUUGCACAUGAAGAGGAAGCUGAUGGGGCUCCUUCGACUCAAGUGCCACGCCCUCUUUCUGGACCUCACGAUAAACUCUGUGGAAGCCGUCUACAGCAGCGUGUACAAGCUGGUGUUGCUUCAAGCAUGGAGGUUUCAUGUGUGCGCCAAGGGUUUGCCCUUUGGACAAAUGGUUGCCAAGAAUCCCAAGUGCUUCCUGCUCAUGAUCUGGGACAUGGCUCACUAUGUGAAUCGACUCAUCCGACUCUGCAACAAAGGGGUGAGCCUUGGCACCAGGCACCAGACAGGCGUCCUGCAGAGCGAGGCAGUAGAGCUGCUCUUCUGCCUGGCCUUCAUCCUGGUCUUGUCCCGGCACCGGCCCCAGUAUAGAGGCCUGCUCCCUGGCCUACACAAACGGAAGCGGUGUCUGGAGAGGCAGCUGGGGGACAUCCGACUGGCCAGGGUCAGACAGGCCACCAAGCCCGGGAUCCCGCAAGAGUUCCUGGCCAUCCAUCCCUAGAUGACCCCUGCUACAGCUACACCCCCCAGAAAAAGAAAAAAAAAAGUCCAGGUUUCUGCUCCCCCUCAUGCACUCUGAGUCAUCUGAUUUCAUUGCAUAUAGAUUCGGGUUAUCAAAAGCUCUGUAUUUAUUUUUAGCUUAAUAUUGUGGCACAGCGGCAGAAGUACCAAGCGGAUUGUUGUUCUUUGGAGUUUUCCAAAAAUGUUCCUCAUAUAAACAUUAUUUUGUAUUAUUGCGUUUCAACAUCUGUCGGUGGAGCCCACCACAGCAAUAAACUAUUUUAACAACCACUCUAUGAUCAGAUGUUCAAUGAGUCAACAAAACAAUUAACGCAUGCAUGAGAGGACAAAAGAAAUCAUUACUUGGUCUUUAUAACCUCCAGUUGUGAUAGCUAUCAGAAAGCAGAAGGAAAGAUUUUUCUAUCAGCUAACCCGCCAAUGAUUAAGUACACUUUUAAUCCUUUCUGUACAUAAGUUCCCUAUUGUUUCUUUGACACUAUUUUUCGGACCUGUCGUCUUCAUAAGAGAAAAAGGUGACAUGUUUGUGAACUUACUGGGCGGCAGUAGCUUAGGAGGUACAACAGGUUGACUCAUGGCAACCAGUAGUUUCCAGUGAGUGUUGAGGUUUCCCUGAGCAAGACCCCUCACCCUAAUUGCUCCAGACGACCUGGCUGUUUUGCAUGGUUGACAACGCGCAUGUGUGUAAUGCGUGUAUGAAUGGAUGAUGGGCAAUAAUUGCAAAGGACUUUGAGUGGGCACUGGUUAUAAUAGCGCUACAUGAAUGCGGCCCAUUUACCAUUUUUUUUUACUUUAUCAAAACAUUUAGUACAGGCCAUUUUUGUUUUAUUUAAUAAAUGUAUAACCUUGCUAAAAGGUUAAGAGGAACCGUCUUCCUAUGUUCCAAGGUUCAAACUAAAUAUGGAGGGCUGCCCCUGACUAAAGAUAUAUUUCAAUAUAAACUUAGCACAAAAAGUAAGGAAAUUUGUGUUUGGUUGACUAUUUCUCUGUGGUAACAAUGCUUUUUGGCAAUACAUCUUAUACCGUUGGAAAGCCUAUUUAGUUCCCUUUCAAAUGGUUCAAUGAUUCAAAUGUUGGAUGAGCAGCAGCGCUGAGUAUGUGGGUUGCUCCCAUGAAAAUUUGCCAAAUCUUUUCUGCCAUUGCCAAACAGGUUAUUUUUCUGUUGCUAUUGACACUUUUUUUGAGCUUCUGGUACGCCCAGGUGCAGCCAAUCAGCUGCCUGAUUGGCACCUGAUUUGGCAACUUCAAGCUGGUGUUCCGCAAAACCAAGUUGCGGCAUUAUUUGGAGUGAGCCCUAGUACCCUCUCCAAACUGAAGGCCAAGUUCCAUAUAACAGGGGAUGUCAAAGACAGGCCCCAAGAAGACGACGCCCCAAGAAGACCGUUUCAUCACCCUGUCAGCACUUAAAUUAAGUAGGCUGUCUUCUGCAGAUUUGCAUUCAAGGUUUGCAGUACGAUAUGGCCGACGGCUCUCUGCCCAGACAAUCCGGAACAGACUACACGCAGCCAAUCUCCGUUCUCAUAGGGCUGCCAGGAGUCCUGCCAUGACUGCUCUUCACCGUCAGGCCCGUUUGCGCUGGUGUCGGCAACACGUGCACUGGAACCUGAACAUGUGGAGGAACGCUAUAUUCAGUGAUGAGUCCUGAUUCUGCCUACGGCAGUUGGAUUGCAGGGUCAAAGUGUGGAGAAGACGUGGAGAACGCAAUGCUGAUUGCUGCAUCGAUAGAAUAACAUCUUUUGGUGGAGGCAGUGUGAUGUUGUUGGGUGGCAU